CUUCGGCGCGAGCGGGUCGAGCGAGAGCGUGUGGUGGUCGGUAAACAGUGGAGCGCAGCAGGCAUUUGUCCGUGGCCCGUCAGCGACCGUUCACAGCCGUCGAGUGACAGUCCCACGCCACCUGUUCGCUUCCCGGUGUGCUCGCGCCUCUCAUUACGCGAAGUGAGUGCGUGUCCAUCCCUCGUAGCAGGAGCGUUGGUCUUAACGCGGAAAAGCUCACAGCCGCGCCGCCACAUGGAUCGUCCGCCCAGCAGCCGGAGUCAACGCCAAACGCCGCUCGCGGCCGCGUCAUUCUAGUUGUGAUUUAGUGGUGACUCGCCGUACUCUUCCGGACAGGAUUACACGAGCGUCGUCGCUGCUGCCACAGCGCUCUUCUUCAGUUCCUUCACAAGGACACCGGAUCUCUUCGCAGCACCCUCCUAAAGGCAUGAAGGUGCUGCCACUGUCGCUGCCGCCGGCCGCGGUGGAGCGCGCGGCGAGCGUGGGCCCCGGCCUGGGGUCCCCGCACGGCGGCGCGCUGCCCCUCUCGCUGCAGCUGAGCGCGGGAGAGCUGCUGUGGCGGUACCCCGGCCUGGGGCUGGCCGCCGCCGCCUCCGCCUCCGCCCCCUCCUCCAACGUCGUCGACUUCAAGGCGCACCUGCCGCCUUCGCUAGCCUCAGACCCGAGAAUAUGGUCACGAGAGGAUGUGGCAGCUUUCUUGAAGUGGUGUGAGAGGGAAUUCGACUUGCCCGAAUUCAACAUGGACAUGUUCCAGAUGAACGGCAAGGCCCUGUGCCUGCUGACGAAGGCAGACCUGGGCGAGCGGUCGUCUGCGGCGGGCGACGUGCUGCACAACGUUCUGCAGCUGCUGGUACGCGACGCGGCGGCACUGGCACGCUGCCUGCCCUCCAGCCCCGUAACGCCCACGUCGCGCUGCUACCCGCCACCCCCGCCGCCGUCACCCGCCGCCUGGGGAUUCGUCGAUUUUCCACCCCCCUCUGGGUUCGUGCACCUCGUGCAACACGGCAACUCUGUCACACUCAGUCCUGCACCCUCCGUCGAUAGCCAGUCGGGGAGCCCACAGCACGCAGACCACAUGGCGGCAUCGUCGUACCACAGUGGCAGUGCGGGUAGCAACAGCAACGGUUCCGACUCGGACGAUGACAGCUGCCAGGAGGCGGCAGGUCCGGGCCACGCGGGCAGCUCGCCACCCCCUACCGCAACUGCCGCCCCUGCACCGGCGCCUGCGCACCAACAGCUCCAGCACACGCAGCCCCCACCACCGAGCCUGCCACCCCCGUCCCCCACGGCGCGUGAGCCGCCUCCGUCGCCUGCUUCUAACACUGUUUUCAGGAAUGCUUUCGCACCCCGCGAAUUCUUCCCUUCGGACACCCCGGAGCCUAACACCAAUGGCCGCCUUUUGUGGGAUUUCCUGCAACAGCUGCUGAAUGAUCCAACACAACGGUACACAAACUACAUUGCAUGGAAGAACCGGGACACUGGUGUUUUCAAGAUUGUUGAUCCCGCAGGACUUGCAAAGUUAUGGGGGAUUCAGAAGAACCAUCUUUCAAUGAACUAUGACAAAAUGUCUCGUGCUCUGCGGUAUUACUACAGAGUCAAUAUUCUGAGGAAAGUCCAGGGCGAGAGACAUUGCUACCAGUUCCUGCGCAACCCGAGUGAGCUGAAGAGCAUAAAGAACAUGUCACUACUGCGACAGCAGAUGAGUCCCCCAAGGGCAACAGGCCCUGCAGCGAGCCACAGUGCCUCGAGUUUGACGAUACCCAUCAGGGUGAAGUUGGAGCCUAAGAGUGAACCAGAUGGUGAAAAUAGGAAUGACAGUGACACUCCUGAUGAGUCUGAGGAGCCUACCGACUUGAGCAUGGAGCACCCAACGGACCUUAGCCCCACACGCACACAUGCUCAUCCUAAUGACAUUAACUGAUGGAUAUCUGUAGACUGUGGGCAAAAGCAUCGGUAAUGUCCCAGAGUCAUAUAAGGUUCUGUGCUAGCUCUGACUAUUUUAUAAUCCACGGUCUCUUCAUUUUUUGAGUGGAGGCUAGUGGGUAUUACAGUAAGACUCGAGCAGCUGUAUGCUGAUUAUCUUGAGUGAACCGAUUGGUUAAAAUUGCUCAUAACCUCCUAUCAGUCUUGUGUAAUUAUCUGAUAUGUGAUAAUUUAUUGUCCCUCGUUCUUCAGCAGAGUCAAUUUUUAUUUUGAAAAGUAGUAAUUUUAUAUGUCAUCUUUGCUGUGGCCAUUAUGGAGAUAACAGAAGCAACAAUCAUGGCAAGCUUUACAAAACAGAUGGAAACGCUGUUUUCGCAGGGUAUGUUUCAUGAAUUGUUGGUAUGGUUUGGAGCAGGUGAAGAGGAAGUGAAGUGAAGUUCUGACCUGUGUAAUUACCUCCAUUGGGACAGUGCAGCUGUGUCAAAGAGUGUCAAAGUCCUAUCCUGUUAUAUGGUAAUUAGACACAUUUGUGAAAACACUGAAUCUUUAAAAUGUAUUCAGGAAAACUACUGAAACAAAGAAAAACAAGUUUGUCAUACAGUCCAUUCUUUUUGGAAGCAAACAGCUGUGGUAGUCCUUUGCUGUUUAGUCACAAGACAGAAGACUACUGUUGAUCAUCACAAUAUUUUGAUAUUUUGCUGGUGUUGUUAUUCAUUUUUUUCAAAUUUCAGUAAUUUAAUAACUCAUCUAAAAGAUUGUAGUGAGAGUGAUUUUAAAAUGGUGAAAGUCACCACUGGCAAUUGAAUAUUGUGAUUCAGUACAAGUAAUCAACACAAGUGUUGGUAGCUUAUUGAGUGUUUAUCUUCUCACAUCAUGAGAGGUUUUUUCUGUGCCAUUUAUUUCAUGUAACAUUUAUGAGGUAAUAGACCAUUUCCCUGUUGGAAAUGCUGCAGUUGACAUGCAGUAAGUGAUAAACGCGUAGAAACUUCUUAUUUUUUAAGAAAGUGUAAAAAUGCAGCACGCAUUGAAAGGUCAAUUCAUUACUGAAAUACAGUGUAUAAGUAAGAAAUGAGGGACCUUUACAUUGUACAGUCUAAAUUAGCUGCUCAGUUUUAGAGUUAGCGUAUCAUUGCAAAUGAAGUAAUGUGUAACACUAGUAAUUAUGACUGUGUGAUACAUUCUGUGGCUCUCAUAUAAAUGCCCAGUUAGCUACUAUGCUUUGUAACCUUCUACACGACCACAUCUCAGAAAGUGUGACAAAUUAAGAGACAGACUGGACACAUUUUGUUCUGUGACUACUUAUCAAAGUCUUUCACUAUUUAAUUAGAAGAUGUGGUAUACUGUGAAACCUCAGAACAAGCUGAGUGGCUGCAUUAUUUAUUACUUACUGAACAUUUGCUCUGUGUUUUGGACAGCAGCUCUGAAGCCUUGCAGAUUUUCUGUAGGGUAAAGUGUUUUCCACUGUGAUCAUUAUAUACAUAUAUAUUAUAUAUACAGUGAAUAUUUUCUUUGUUAAUCACUUGUAAAUAUAUAAAAAUGUUUUUGAAGGAGUGCUGUUAACAGAAUAUUUCUGACUUUGUAUAUUAUAAAUAAUGUUUUAGUUUUUUGGUGAUGAAGACCAGAAAAAUGUAAAUUUUUAAUUUCACAUUUUAGGACGGGACACAAAAUAAUUUUAUUGUACAGUUUAGAUAUAGGGGUUAAAUGUAAUUAGUGGAUUUAAACAGCUGGCUGCACCAAGUCUGAACCCACAAUGUGAUCGCACAUGAGGGCAUUUGGACAGAGUUGUGGAAUCGGGCAGCUUCGGGGUUUACUGAUUAAAUGGUCAUACUCAGAAUGUGAAAAUCUAUACAAUGAAUUGAAAGAUCUCAUUAUCUGUGAACUUCAAAAGUCUUUUGAAAAUUGAUGUACAAAUGAUAUUAAAGAGAGAGAGAUAACUAUUUUUCUGUAAAGGCUGUGUGUAAAUACAGCUUUAUAAAGUAUGAAUGAACAAAAAAAUGGAAGUAUAUUUAAUCAAAAGAACUAAUCUGUUUCACUCUUUUCCUUGCCUCUAUCCCAUCAGCCAUGCACAACAUGUACCAAGAUUUUUCCAAUAAGAGAGUAAUUAUUAAGCUAUGUUGCUCAUGGAAGAACCAACACAAGGGUUCUAUUUAUUUUCAUUGUGUCUCAGAUGUGAAUUGAACACCUUACUUCUGAAGACUUAUAAGACUUGUUUCUUAACCAGUUAUGUGUUACCUUUAGAAAAGUCAAUAAAUAUCUAUACAUACCACA